AUGCAGCUCUAUCGCUCUAUAAGUGGUUCCGUCUCCAAGACAUGGAAUUCUAUCAACCCAGCCACCCUUAGCGGGGCUAUUGAUGUUAUUGUUAUAGAGCAAGAAGAUGGCACCCUCGCUUGUUCGCCCUUUCAUGUUCGGUUUGGCAAGUUUUCGCUCUUGCGUCCAUUUGAGAAGAAGGUGGAGUUCAAGGUGAACGGCAUAAAACAAGAAUAUGCUAUGAAACUAGGAGAGGCGGGCGAGGCAUUCUUUGUGUUCGAAACGACCGAUGACAUCCCCGCAUCCUUGCAGACUUCGCCGUUGGUGUCUCCAGCAGCCAGCCCAAGAGCCCAGAGUGAGCCGGAUAUUCCCAAUUCGUUGCAGGAACCAGAUUACCUUGACUUGGACAAAGGGAAUGGGGAUACUUUGUCAGAAGGCGCAAAGACUCCACCGAUGCCAUCGAACCAGGUACGGGCAAACACAGAUUUAGGUACAAUAACUCCCUUAUCGCAAUCUCCCGACGAAUCCGACAUCACUCAUUCACGGCACGGCUCCUUGAGCGCCAAACCACUACUUGAUCACACACUGUCGGACAAUGUACUUUCGACCAGCUCUCCUAGACUAUCUCUGCCAAAUCGCUCUGCAAAUGGGAAUGGCGAACCCCAUGAUAUCGAGGGCGAAACAGACAACCGCUCUCGUAGCCCUCCUCUGUCUCCCCAAGAAGCGGUGUCUCGUGCUAUUUCACUGUCAAAGAAGCUAUCUGGUUCAAACAUUCCAUCACAUGUCACAGAGACUGGAGAUUUGAUGUUGGAUAUGACUGGGUAUAAAAGCAACGAAGAAGAUGCUCUUCGUGCGGAGGUUGUUGCGCGCAAGAUUCUCGCGGAAGAACUCGAAGGAAGUUAUGAUAUCGGAGCACUGAUUGGUGCCGAUGAACACGGCAACCUAUGGAUCUACAGCAGCGAAGAGUCAAAGGAACUGGCUGAUCGGAGAGCCACCCUCAACUCGAUGCGGCCGAACAUAGGGAUAAGUGAUGAUGCUCUCUCUGACCCGGGAUACCACAGUGAAGGCGAACACGCUGUCUUGGAGCCAUCAUUGACUACACGCCAUCACCGAACUAAAUCAGACGUCCAGCCAGGCUUUCCCACACCUCCUCACUCACCUUUGCAUGAUUAUUUCCCCGUUGAAACCCGGAACUACGCCAAGACACUCCGCUUGACAAGUGAUCAACUUAAAGCCUUGCAACUGAAGCCUGGCGGCAACACAAUGUCUUUCAGUGUCAACAGAGCAGUUUGCACUGCGAACAUGUAUUUGUGGAAUGGCAACACCCCGAUCGUGAUUUCCGAUAUUGAUGGAACUAUCACUAAGUCGGAUGCGUUGGGACAUGUUCUCAACAUGAUCGGACGCGAUUGGACGCACGCCGGAGUCGCAAAAUUGUACACCGACAUUGUCAACAAUGGAUACAAUAUCAUGUAUCUUACGAGUCGGUCUGUAGGCCAAACAGAUACCACCCGGGCAUAUCUCAACGGCAUUUGCCAAGAUGGUUACAGACUACCAAGGGGCCCAGUGAUCUGUAGCCCAGAUCGCACGAUGGCCGCUCUGCGGCGGGAGAUCUACUUGAGAAAACCCGAAGUUUUCAAGAUGGCGUGUCUGCGGGAUAUUCUCAACCUCUUUUGCGGCAAGGAAAAUCCCUUCUACGCUGGUUUCGGAAAUCGACUGACAGACGCAUUGAGUUAUCGUUCUGUGAAUAUUCCAUCUACUCGGAUUUUCACAAUCAACUCUAAUGCUGAGGUGUCUCUGGAUUUACUUAGUCUCAACAAGUACAAGAGCAGUUAUGUGACGAUGCAAGAGCUGCUCGAUCAUUUCUUUCCACCAACCAGCCUCCUUGUGCACUCCGGUGGCGAGGAAUAUACGGACUUCACCUACUGGAGAAACACACCGCAUGAGCUCGAAGACUUCUCGACAACAGACAGCGAGGAUGAGGAUGAGGAUGAAGACGAAGACGAGGAAGAUGCCGAUGAAGACCUGGCUGAAGAAGACGAAGAAGGUGAUGAUGAUGAUGAAGAAUACGACGAAGACUUGAGCGAGGAUGAAGGCAGCGAGUACCUUGACGAGGCUGAGUUGGCCGAGGAUCUCGGCGCAAGCUACAUGUCGCAGGACUCGGUUGCCUUAUCCAACCCAGCCGGCUCAAUAAUCGAGUCAGUUGAAGGGGAUCUCGGUGUUGAAGAGGAAUUGUCUCCUAUCGCCGAGAAACCAGAAGCAGCAACUGAGCCAAGCACAAAUUCUCUUCCCAUCCGGUCUAAGAUGCCUCAGAAUCUUUGA